AUGACCAGCGACCCCAUGACGAUCAAACGAGCCCGAAAGGAAGUUCUCCAUGCACCCACCUCUGUGGAAGACAUCAAGAUCUACCUAUGCUUUGGAGUACGGGAAGUCGACGGGAUGCAGCAAGCGCGGCGAGAGGUCGCAGAGUAUGGUGGAUGGAGUCUUCUCCAGCCCCUCGCGCUCAUCCCCAGUACUUCCUUCGCCUCAAGUCCCUCGACCAAGGAGCUCAAAGAUAUGGUCCUGCCCCAUGUGAUCCCUCUGGACGACGACUUGCCGCCCAAGCAAUUGCCUCACGAGCGCUCAGUGUGCUCGGACGAGGCUUGUCUUCACGAGCGCUCAUGCACCAAGCUUGUAUCGGAGCUGCGAAAGAAAGAGGCGCAGAUACAAUCCCUCAAGAAUAGCAUGAAGGAGCUCCAAGCUCGGUACCAACGCGAUACGAAGCAGCUCCAACACACCAUGGCCACCGUGACGACGCACGCACAUGCAAGCGACAAGCUGCGCGCUAAGCAGUCCCGCGUACUCAAAGCCUCGCUUCAAAAGGCGUCGGCCAAUUUGAGCUACUACCUCAACCAAAGCUGA